AUGCCUACUUCUGCGCAUCCUGCUCAUCAUCUCUCUUUGAUUGUGGCACAAGCUUUACUCGAUCAACCGAUGUACUUUGCAAACGGGCUCGGAGUCAAAUCAUUGAAAGCGCAAAACAGAGAAGUGGCUAAGUGGUUACCUGCACGCAACUCGAGCUCUUAUCAGGCUAUGGUCGACUACCUGAAAUUUAUGCUUGGAGCUAUCGGCCCUCGCGCACUCUAUCCUGCCAGUCCAGAUCCAUCUGAGCUCCGUUUGCUCCCACAAGUCUCUUUAGAAACCAUUCUAGCCGAUCAGAGUGUUUUUUGUGGAACUCUUCCGCCGCCUACGCUUUCGGAUCAAACAGAAAACCUCUUACCCCGGCAAGACCCCUGUUGGUUCACGUACAGGAGGGUUUUUCUCAACGAUCUCGCUUGGUAUCGUAUACCUCGUGCCACCCUAGCUUGGGAGUCUCCUGCGACAUCUUCUUGGAACAAGACGAUGCUUGUGUUCUUGAUGAAGCACUGGCGAUGGGCAAAUGCACGCGGUGCAUUCAAUCGGUAUUCUGUCGAUACCAAAUAUUCCACCGAUGCAAUUUGUCGAGCUGUCAUGGAGAGAUGGAUGCAUGGAAGAGUUAAAGAAGAUGAAAAAUAUCGUAACCAAAAGAAGAAGAGCCAGAGACGAGCUGCAAUUCCUGUCUUGUACACAAACACUGACAUAUCCUUUAAGCUUUUUCGUUACCGCGUGGAUGCUUUAGACGAGUUUUGCAAAGCAGAAGAUAGAGAGCUUCUCUCCACCGCACUGAGCUUACUUCCAAGCGCUGACUGUUGCUCUGAUACUGAGGACGACGGACCUGGGAGAACACGCGCCAUAGGCAUGGUUUGGAGGAGCCAGGAAUUUGCCGACCUCCUGCAUGUCCUUGAUGAGCUUUCAUUUCAACAACAAAAGGCAUUGCACGGGGCUAGGUGGGGGGCCAGGCGGCUUGAAAUGCGCAGAUCUCCCGCAACUCAGAUCUCAUGUCACGGUAAAGCUCCCUGA